CAACUACCAAUUCCAUGACUUUUUGUUAGUGCAUCGCGUGGAACAGAUGAAAGGAGCAGUGAGAUUGUGUUGAUCAAUAGGUUUGGAUCUCGGUUUGCGUCUGUGAUUCUAGCAGUACACACCAGGAAAGAUAGUGCGGGCACCUUGGAAUUUUGUUGGCAAAUGGCGAUCAACGGUAGUAGCUCCAGCAAAAGAAAAGUUGAACCGCAGCAAGAGGGGGAGAGCAGCUCCAAGAAGCUGAAUGUCACCGUGGGGUUGGAGACCCUUGACUGUAGUAUCUGCUCUGCGCCCCUCAGGCCUCCGAUAUUCCAGUGCUCUGUGGGGCAUUUCAUAUGCUCCUCGUGCCGUGAAUGCGAGGAUCAACUAGACCACAAGUGCUCCACAUGCUCUGUCAAAACUUCCUACAAGCGCUGCUUUGGAAUGGAACAUGUCGCCCAGUCAGUCACAGUUGCUUGCUCCAAUGACAAGUACGGAUGUGCGGAGAAGUUCACCUACUACAAGAAAGAAGAACACGAGAAAGCAUGCCCGAAUGCCCCAUGCUUCUGCCCAGAGUCCGGUUGUCAAUUCGCUGGGCCAACAAAGAUGCUCCUGAACCAUUUCACUACCCAGCACAAGUGUCCAUCUACAAAACUACCAAACUCUGGCACGGUGUCUCUCCACCUGAAACCGGGCUUACAUGUUCUGCAAUGCACCGGCACCAGCUACUUUAUCUUGCUCAGCAUGGCAUCGAAGCCUUUUGGACAUGCCAUCUCAGUCGUCUGCGUCCAACCAAACGUUAUGGAAUUCAGGUUCGCAUGUACUAUGAGCUAUGACUGCCUAACGACCGGCUGCUGUGGAAGUACAAGCUGCCACAUAAGGAGCUCUUCGCUCUCUGAUGGGCUUCCGACAGUGUAUGACUUGAUACUUCCCAAGGGAAAGGUUUCUGAUGAUGAAAACAGCAUUGUGCUCAAAGCCACCAUUCGUCGUCAACCAUUAGGUCUCAGCAGAUCUUGUUUUCGAGAAAUGGGUCCGACUCCUGCACUUGAACGAAAUCCCGAUACUUGUGAUGAGGAGGAGGAGGAGGAGGAGGAGGAGGAGGAUCAUGAGGAAGAGGAGGAGCAUAAUGAGGAAGAGUUGGAUGAUGAUCAUGAGGACGAGGAUGAUGAUGAUGAUGAUGAGGAGGAGGAGGAGGAGGAGGAUAAUGAAGAAGAGUUGGAUGAUGAUCAUGAGGACGAUGGUGAUGAUGAUGAGGAGGAGGAGGUGGAUGAGGACUAG